AAAACGUUCCGAUUGGUUAAAAAGACACGGAUUCAUCAUAGUGGAUGAUACGGAAAGAAUUGCGAGCCACUCAGGGCGUUUUGCUGCAUCCAAUUGAACAGCAAUGCAGCAAAUGAAAAGAUAGCUUAAUGCUACUGUGAACGGAUAACUUUGAUAAUAUAAUUUAAAUUUCGCGCGGAGGUUUUCCUGUCGUGUAGUCACGUGGCGCCAUCUUGACGGCGCCGGUGGACCCUCUGGCGGCUAUAACCUUGUACUAUUCAGUAAGCGAUUGGCAACGGGUCGAGCGAGUCAAGUGAUUAAAAAAAUGGCAUCCGCGACGACGUCGCACAAUGAGGUAUCGCAGCAAUUUUCCGUCAACAAACUCAUCCGCGUCGGCUACUACGAGCUGGAGAAGACCAUCGGCAAGGGAAAUUUCGCCGUUGUCAAAAUGGCCACCCAUGUCGUGACAAAAUCCAAGGUGGCUAUUAAAAUAAUAGAUAAAACAAAACUAAACGAGGAGAACCUAGCAAAGAUCUUCCGAGAGGUGCACAUAAUGAAGAGGCUGCGACACCCACACAUAAUUAGACUGUACCAAGUGAUGGAAACGGAGAAGAUGAUAUACUUGGUAACAGAAUAUGCACCUGGAGGAGAGAUAUUUGACUACCUUGUCCGAAAUGGCAGAAUGGCAGAGCCCGAGGCGAGAAGAGUGUUUCGACAAAUUGUUCGGGCUGUGCGUUAUCUCCACCAGCAACGAGUGGUUCAUCGAGAUCUUAAGGCUGAAAAUCUGCUGCUCGAUGCAGACAAUAAUAUAAAACUCGCUGACUUUGGAUUUAGCAAUGAGUACACACCAGGCGUUCCAUUGAGCACUUGGUGUGGUUCACCUCCUUAUGCUGCUCCGGAGAUUUUUGAAGGGAAACAUUACGAUGGGCCCAGAGCUGACGUAUGGAGCCUCGGUGUAGUCUUGUAUGUAUUAGUUUGUGGCGCUCUACCAUUCGAUGGUCCUACGAUGCAGUCGUUACGUUCUGUGGUGAUCUCAGGAAAAUUUAGGAUACCUUUUUUCAUGUCCGCAGAAUGCGAAAAGCUCAUUAGACACAUGUUGGUGGUAGAGCCUGAACGUCGUCUAAGUAUAUCACAGAUUUUUGCGCAUCCUUGGAUGGGUGGCGAUGGAGUGGUGGAGCCAGAGCCAGGAGGGUCCAGUUCUGAGCCAUCCCCACAGUUGAAUCAGCUCGUGAUAGAGAAUAUGCUGAGGUUACCAGGACUCAGUGCCGAUACUCUCCUGCAAGCUGUGCAAGGGAAUGCCUUCGACCACGUGUCGGCCAUUUACAAUUUACUGGCGGAUCGGUUGGAGCCGACCAUGUCUAACAUGCCAACUAUCCAGAGCAUGCCUGGAGAUUACGUGGCCGACGACACCCAACAGCUGGAAAAGUUUGGCGAGGCGGAGUCGGAAACGGAAGAACGAAGCGGUCUCCAGCUUCCGUCGGGAACGCCUUAUCACGCGACGAGAAGACACACCGUUGGUCCUGGAGAUACGGCCCAUCAGCCGCCCACGCAAUAUCCCUACACCUGCACGUAUUCGGCAGGCUACCCUCCGUUACAGCUACUUCCUAUUUUACAGUGCAACAUCGAUCCCCAAGUACUGCCCCAUACAAAUCUCCCCUUGAAUCUUCCUUUGGUCCAGCACCAGCCUCCGCAGAAUUUCCAGAUCAAGGAUCAGCACCUACUCAAACCGCCUCCAGUCAUGGGAGCUACCAGCAGUUUUGGAAGGAGAGCCUCUGACGGGGGUGCCAAUCUUCACGUUUUUUACCAACAACAGCACAACAGCGGAACUGGUAGCGGCGAUGAUGGCGGGUGGAGUCAACCUGGAAGCAGGGAACAUUUACAGCCUUUGCAAGCCGGUAGUCCGACCGUUGCACAGUGUUCUCAGUCCUUAAACGUUAGCAGCGGCGAGGGCAGUGGAAGUAGCAGUAGUGGGAACAGCACAGGAAGUGAUAGAAGGAGACGAAGCGGUCUUACAGCAGUUAUGCAGCGGCCAGUUAUAAAUCCGGAACUGGUCAUGGAAGUGGAGGCCAGGAUGAAUAGGGCCUAUCUUCCGUCGAGAUUACUGCCGUCUCACCUUAGAGGAUCCACCCUGCCACAUCACAGGAAAACCUCGCUCUACCCCUCCAGUGCUGCAGGCAGCAGAGACUCGUACAAGGAACCAAGUCCUCAUGUUAGUACGGAACGAUAUUCGCCGGUUCGACGAGCAUCGGAAGGCUCCGGUCCACCUGGACCUGGGAUCCAGGCUCUUCAGCAGGAGUACCAGCAGCUUCAAAGAUUAGCAUCCCCCUCGCACAGUCCUGCCAGUAUUCCCGGAUCUCCUGUCCACGAAAGAGGCGUUGCCGCCAUAACGCAAGGUUUAAGCGGGUUAACCACGGCACCCGUACAGGGUAGCAUAGUACAUGGUACCCCGGCACAGCCGCCAGCAACACCUCUAGAUUUGAGUCCGCUGAGACAUCAUAGAUCACCUGCAACGACGCCAGUUAGUUAUUCACCUAGCAAUAGUCCCGCGCUGGAUAUGAUACAAGAGGAGCAUCCCGUAGACGUACCAAGGGUACCGCCGCAGAUCUCGGUGACCGAUGUCCUUGGCGGCCAGGUGACGCUGAUCGGGUGCUCGCCGUCGCCGUCACCCUCGCCGGACUCCCUGGAGGACAUCCUGCCCCACUACAGCCCGCUGCCCAGUUUUAUAAUUUCGGAGCCGUGCGAUCCCCUGCGGCCGAGCAUAACUCGAGGUAUCGGUAGGCCCCUCGGCGCGUCCAUCCCGACGGAGGUGGAGGUGACGUUGUCGGACGAGUCGAGCAGGCUGAACUCCGAGGCGAUCCUAGGCCGGGUGAAGCAGAUCAUCGACGCCAGGGCGCCGCCGAAGGGCUUCAUCUUCUCCAGGGAGGAGGUCGAGGGCGGUGGUCUCAGCCUGGAGUACCCUGGAGGGGUCCAGAUCGAGCUCAGGGUCUGCGAAUCCGAAGAGAGAGAGGUCAAGGGCAUCAAAAUGCGGAGGAUCAGCGGGGACCAAUUGCAGUAUAGUCAGCUGUGCCAGCAACUGAUCUCGUGCAUCACCGUUUGACGGCAGCCGGCGCGCAACAAGUACUACCUUUUUUUACACUGCAACACGUUGCAUCGCGUUACAUUCCUGGUGGCACCCGCACCGCACAUCACAGUAUUGCACGCAAACGAGAGACCCCGGGGGGCGCCAUGCCUCCACCCUCUGGUGGCCGUCGACUCGUAAUGCGCAAGACUGGGCCGAUGAUCCCUGAUUGCCACGCCGGUUCUUCCCUUCCGAUCGAGCCGUACAUCUGUUACGAUGUCGCGUCGAUUUUAUCUCUACGUGGUUUAGGUGGAUCGGCAAGAGUGGUUCGGCAGGAUCGCUUUGAGUUUCGUUGAGGAUGUACCAUGUUAGAUUUUUUACCCGGUAUGUGCGAAUUCGAGCAUGAUCUGUGAUGGAUGAUAGAGUAUGCAUAGACUGUGUACUUCUUACACAGAUCGUGGUAUCUUCUUACACGGAUCAUGAAUUUUUAACCGUGUAACACAUUCUGGUCGACUCUUUCUGUUUACUUGCGAUUCAAUCGAAUCGGUGCUGGAUAGUCAUGUAAAUUAUGUACUUCGUACACGAAUCGAGGUUUUUAUUAAGUUUCGUCGAUGUUGUACAAUGUGCUGUUGGGGGAUAGGGAUUUCUUUGCGUUCACGGUGUAACGAUGUGCAAUACUUGCUGGAGACUCGGUACUCCAUUGUGUACGCUCGUCGUCGAUGUUUCGGUCGUCGGUACACGAGGCGAAAUUUGUACAUAUAUUUUUUUUGUAAUAAAGCCAGAAGAUGUACAGCUAUGUAGCACCGAUUUCUUUAUUUGCGUUGACUCGCGGGUUUGGCGACAGCUCAGAGGCCUGCGAUCGUUGUCGACUCUUUUUCCAUCUAAAAGUGUAACGAGGACUCGGGCAUUAUACUUCCUCAUUAUAUUAGGCUGAUGCAUAAGUAAUGGCGGUUUUAACGCGUUACGUUGUGUGUAAAAAAAACGCCAUUACUUAUGCAUCAACCCUAUACUUCCUAUGUCCCUAUUUAAACGAAACCGAGAUACUUUAUAUUCUGGUAGAAUGGCGAUCCUGCUGCACCGCUGAUCUACCAAAAUCACGUUCAAACGUCAUUAUGUAUAAACGAAUUAACGGAGCGAAUUAACAGGGAAUUUCCUAGCCCUAAGGCAGAUUGCUAUCAUCCGUGAUUAGUGUGACAUUUCUUAACUUUGAUUAGUUAAUCUUGAUUCAGUGUAACGCGCGUUGGUUAACGGGUGGUUAACUUUAAUCGCGCGUCAAGUAAUCCUUGGUUAAGGAUUUUAACUCGAAUGUUGGUGCAACCGAUAGAAACGUUCGUAAUGUCUCGUACUGGACUUACUGUCCAUUAAUCGAACAAAAGAGCGCUGACACUGCUGGCCCUGACUUCUCGAUCGGCCAAAAGUACAUUUCUCGCGAAAGUCUGUCAAGUCUUUGCAUUUCCAUAUCAUAGUUCCAAGAGCCGAGGCAUUUGCGUGCCGAUAAGCACGUUUUCCAAAUUCCCGCAAACGAGUUUCAACACAUAACUUAUGGAUUAACAGACUCGUUAACCAGUUAACGGCGUUUAACGUGUAUACACGUCAGUAAACCGUAACUUGACAGUAAAUUCCGCAGUUAACUGGUUAACACGUAAACCUUUGUCUUUUUCAAAUACCUCAUUUUGCAUUACUCUCGAACUCUCGUUUCAUCUUGUCGAUUUUCAUUGCCGGUAGAAUCGAUAUUUAAAGGUCUCAUUGCAUAGGCGCGUUUAAAAAGAAAAGAAAUUCUGCAUGUUAGAUCAUUCCAAAAGUUCUGUCUUUUCCCUUCUUUCUUUUUUUGACAUUCAGUACUUCUGAAGUUACUUCAAGCUUCACUUGCAAAAACUAUGGAACUUUUGGAACGGCCCGAUAUGUUAUCAAAUUUAUUUUAGACUUGGUGAAUGUGCCCAAAACUUAGCUUUUACCACGUUUAACCAAAGACUCCGAGUUGCAAGUGCACCGUUUAUAAUUGUAUAGUACACGCACAAUUUCAGAUGAAUUCGUGCGCUCGUACUGCGCUGAUAUGACUUCAGAUAAUUUCCAAAGUUAUGUCGCUUUGUUCGCAAACUUUCAAGUGAUCAGAAAGCGACAGAGCUUUUCGAAUUACCUGAUAUUUUAUUCUUACAAGGAAAAGGGAAACAUUACCACGAGGCGAGUGUCGCUAUCGUAUCAUCGAGUUCGCGUUUUGUUUCGUGAAAAUGAUUAUUAUAUGAUUACACUUACAGAUCGGUUUGCACGGAUCAAUCAACAAUUUAUAAUUACUUGAUUAGUCACCUUUAAGGUGACGAUAAAUUGUCGCGAUUUGUGAGCUGCGCAGUUAAAUCGAGUUCUAUAAAUCUAUACCUCAAUACAGAUCAGUUUACACGAAUGAAUCGCUACGAUUUAUCGUUAUGGCCGCCUUAAUUAUUUGUUUCUUUAAUAGUCUUUCACGCGUUGCUUGAAACGGUGUAAUACUCGAACUCUUUGCUGCAAGUUUGAUCGGGCGCGAAACCUCGUUUCUCCUUUUUUUUUUCUUAUCCCUAAUUUUGUUAACUGCAUUUAAACGUCGCUUAGAAAGGGACUGUGCGCUGCGAGGUAGCCGAAACAUUAUUUUGUAGCCCCUGGACUUAAUGAUAUGCUGCGACUUUCCCGGAAUUAAACGAGGAGUCCCUUUUUCGCGCAUUUUCUGGGGAAAGAUCCGCAUCUCGUAGUUAUAAUAGAAAGUAGUUCGACUGGGCUUCGGUCGUGACAUCGUGAUAUCCACCUUUGAUUUUGUAGCUGCCAAUUUGAUCGAUUCGAUGUGUCGGGUGUUGUGUAUCGCAUGAUCCGGUUUGGGGGGCGUUUUUGUACCUCGAAUCUAGUGAAAAUGUUGAAAGUAACCGCCUCCCACGAUUCCAUAUUUUUUACUAUAGUAAAAAUGUGAGAUACUUCGCGUGAAACUACUCACAGGAAGUGAGCAUCUCCCGCGAUUCUGUAAUUUGUACUAUGAUAAAAAUGUGAGAUACUUCGCAUGAGACUACUCGACCAGAAAUUUCGUGUCGAAUGACGAGAUCUCGGGCCGAGGUUUUUCAGUCUAAUGAUUUCACAUUUUCACUUGGAGGACAGAAUCGGGUAAAUAAACUCACGCGAGGUGACUGCGAGAAAUGAGCACUUUCGCCAAAAAUACAGAACUGACCCCUUGGUCUCGGGACAGCUGUGAUUUUCUUUUCUGAAAAAUGCGGAAAGUCAGUUGAUGAUCGGUAUAAUACUUUUUACAAAAAAUAAAUAAUAAAAAAUGGAGCGGGAUUCCAGGAGCGAUUUGUUGCAGCCCACGUUCGACAAUUCAAGUCGAUUUAAGGAAAUCGUUCAAUUGUUAUAUUCUUUUUUAACUACUUUACUCUUUCUUUUUUUUUAUUGUAAAGCUCGCCCAAAAAAAUUAGACACUUUUUGUUGGUCGACGCGCCCGUUUAACGAAUUCAUUGACGAAUCCUAAUGAUGAUUAUUCUAUCCGGAAAAGAUUUAGCGUUGAACGCUAUAGGUAUUUGUUGUAACUCGCUGGAAUAUAGAAGUACUUUUCUACUUACCUCUACGUCGUUGUCCGUCGUAAGAUUGCCAGGGCGUUAUUAAUUAUUCGAUUGGAAAGUCGGACGCAGAUUCGCGAUCCUUCGUCCUUUGCCGUGAAGAAAUUUAUUUCUGUAUAAUUCAGCAAAAAAAGGCCUUCGUUCGCAAGGGCUGCUUUUCAGCGUGAAACGUGGCUAAAAAAAAUUCCUGAAAUUACCACAUCGUUAAUUAGCAAAAUGAUUGAUGGGGGGAUAAUUUAAUAUUAAUCAGUCGUGAAAGCCAAACGAUCGGCGAGAUUUGUCUCCGAUUUCUCAUUAUAUUUCGGCGUUAAAAGCGAUCAAGGAUACAACCUCUUGGGAUUAUUGUAAUUAAUUAUUGUCACCAAACCCGUGUAAAUAGUAAGCCUAGUUAUGUAAAUAUAAUCCGUGAUACUUAGGUAAAAAAACACACACAUAUACGACAUGUCACGAGUACUCGGGGAGUACUCGAGUCGAGCUACCGAUAUUUCUAUUGACAAAAAGGAAAAAACAUUAAUGAUUAGUCUGUUCUCCCGUGCUUUAACUGCGGCCUCCUCGCCGGGGCGUGCAUAUUUUCCAGUUUAAUAACGCGAUACCAAAUGUACAAGAAACUCUUAUACUAUAUCUCUCCGUACGAGCGAUUCUACUCUCUUUGUUAAAGAAACAAAAAAAAGAAGACUAUGAACAGCCGUAUAUUGUAAAUAUUAUAUCCGAGUGCGUUCACCAUCUAGAGAACAGAAAAUGGAGAGAGAGUCAGGUAUGGGCAGCAGCAAUUGUUAUAAAUUAUACAUCCGCAAUUAAUUAAUAAUACUUGAUCGUCGGUUACAUUUCCAAUUUGUAAUUUACCCUCUGUAGAAAAUUGCAAAAAUUUCUUACCAGGUCUUAUCCUUCGCUGUAUGAUAAAUCUGGUUUGUAGUCAAGUUGACGAUGAGGUAUCGAUGAAAGAAAAGUUGUCGGAGCACUGACUCUUCUUAAAGUGGUAUGAAAAUUCCUGAUUAAUUGGAAGUGUAGUGUUGGAUCGCUCUUUUAACUUUAUAAAUAGUCUGCCCACAUCUGAGGGAGAGACGAGAGGCGAUAUUUAGUCAGGAAGAUGUUAUCUGGUCCUUAUGAUUGUUAACCGAAUUCGGCGUCGACUUUGCGUCUUGUUAGUCAAAGUGGAGUAGCUGCUGUAAAGAUUUGCCCUAGAAAAAAAAAUGAAAUCAGUUGUCGAGCCCAAUUUCCAUCAAUCGCAUAAUUUCUGCAAGGUUCCUCCCGGACGUGCCUCGGGAAUUUUUUACAGCGAGGGACACUUUUUAAAAUCCUUUUAUUAUAAGUAAUAGUCGGAUGGUACUCUUUGGGCUCUUAUCAUUGUACGUGUGAGAUGUGAGAGACUUCACUUGUAGCCUCGUUGCGAAAUCGUCGGUAUCUCUUCCACUGUACUUUGUAAAGGCGUUUUGAAAUUGUUACGACUCCCUCGAAACUUCCAGUGGAUAAGUCGCUUCGGAGAUCGCUAUAUAAUCCUUCAUUUUUUAUACGGUUCGCGACUUUCGAAUUUAAAUCGCGUAUGAAAUUAGUCAUGAAAUUCCUAAACGAUUAGAACUUAUCGCACGUACUCGUUUCAAUUCUUGAGAGAAAAGGAGAAGAUCGAUUUGGGAUUGUAAAAUAACACACACGUUAUGAUAAUCGAAAUUCAUUUUUUUCGAAUUAGAAUUCUUCUCGUGUAACUUUGUGACCUUGGUAUGCUUAGAUGUUCCAUUAAAAUUAAAACUAAAUUACUAUUAUACUAAUGCAAUUAUUUAAGGAAACAAUUGCAGAUAUAUUCUGUAAUACAAAUUAUAGAAAUAACGACGUAUAGAGAAUAUAUGUCAUGUACAAAAAGUUGUAUUUAUUGCUUUUGAUUCAUGCAAAUGGAGUUUAACUGUAGAUCUAAUUUUUAUGGCAACGAGUUUAAUAAAUAACGGGAAAAUAUGUUUAAAAUCAGUUAUGACAAAUUAUUAGUAUGGAACAGAUAAGCGUCGAGGCAUCAAAGUGAUCCGAUAAAAAAUGUAGAUCCGAUUAGAAUUAUUGACAAUUUCUUUCUAAAGCUCCUGAACUAAAUUAAAACUUGCGAAUGUUACGUGGAAAUAAGAAAAGUAGCUGAGGGAAAAGGGAGAUCAAGAACGAAGUUGGAUAAAUUUCUUCUCGUGCGGUGUCAUUUUCUAAUAUCUACUCGUAGAAACAAUUGAUUAAUUGGGCAGAAUAUGAUAUGCAAAUUACGUUGAUGGGAAGAGGGCAUACGAUCAAUUACGCACAACCGUGCAUAAGGAGUGCAUCGUUUAGUGUAAUGUAAAAUCAAUUAUUGUACAUAACACAAGAUACACAAAACUGUACCGUACACCGAUGUACCACCCAAGGUAUACACAUUUUAUGCUGGAAGGAGUUAUGUACAUAUUAUUAUUAUACGAAUAGAGUACAGAUAGUAUUUUCUGCUGUCAAUUCUUCAACUAAGACUGUGAUUUUUAAAUAUACUAAUUAAUAAA